AUGCUUACACCGUCAACCUUCAAGUGCAACGAGGUCCACCCCAUAUGUUCCAAUUGCGAACGGCGCCAGAUUUUCUGUGAUUUUUCUUUGUCGCCUGGUGCCAGCAAUUCUCCCGGCAGCCAUGCCGAUGCGCGACAGCUGUCCGGUCAGCCAGCAUCAGUCUCUGGCCGGACGCCCUCGCAGAAUGCUGUCGAUCCCUUCCAUCUGCCAGACCUGGUCAGUACCAAGAAAUCCACCGAUCUCGACAUCACCGAUUUGAAGUUGAUGCACCACUUCACGAGCGUGGUCGCAGUAGAUCUAGCGAAUGCCCACACUACCGAAGCGCUCGCGCUGUGGCAAGUCUACACUGUGAAGUUGGGAUUCAAGCAUCACUUUCUUCUCCGUGGCAUUCUGGCCGUGGCAGCUUUCCACCUGGCAUAUCUUCAUCCUGACAAGAGGGCCGACUAUGAGUUGAUCGGAUCCACUCAUCAGAGCAUUGCUCUCUCCGAGUUUCAGGAUACGCUUGCGCACGUGGACGAGAGUAAUUGCCAGGCCCUAUUCGCCUUCUCCUGUAUACUUAUCAUCCUCACAUUUGCUUCCAGCGCAAAGGACACGCCCAAGGACCUGACGACUGACGUGCUUCACUGGUUUUACCUUCUGCGAGGGGCGCACAUGGUGCUGAACUUGCAUUCCGAGAGCAUCCGGUGCAGCUUCCUGAAGCCAUUGUUGGACGAGAUGGGCCAUAUGGAGAAUACAGCAGCGUAUAUCUUCCCAGACACGGAUCAAAUCACCAAGCUCUUUCGAAUCUGCAGCUCUCCCGAGGACGACAAAGAAACCGCCCAGGCAUACGACUUGGCCAUUCAUUCGCUCCUCAGCACGUUUGUUCAAGCUUCGCUGCUCAGGCAACGAGGCGAUGCGACCGUCCUGGCAACAUUCGUGUGGCCGCUCAAUCUGGCGCCCAAGUUUCUCGACCUUUUGAGCGAGAAACAACCUGAGGCCAUGAUCAUUCUCGCCCAUUACUGCGUGCUCAUAUACUGGGCACAGUUCCAUGAACCAGACACGUGGUUCAUCAAUGGAUGGGCCCAAUACAUGCUCGAGACAGUCAAGGCGUCUCUGCCUGAAAGCUGGCAAGAACACCUGAGUUGGCCCCUUAAGAUCAUAGCGCAAACCAACGGAGGUUGA